CAUCAGCAUCAUUUUUACAAUGUUUAGAUAAAGUACAAACAGGAAAUGGUUGUUAACCUCCUUAAAUUAUUCUAAUUUAUAGCUAUUUAUAAAUGUUCUAACAUUUAAGCAAAUACAUUAAUGAAUGAAGGGAAAUUAGACAAUUUGGGUACUUUCUGUUAGACUUAAUAUUUUAUUAUUACUAUAAAGAAUUAUUUUUGAACUGAUGAGAUUGAUCUGGUGUUUAUUAAUAAAAAAAAUAAACAUUGAAAACUCUAAAGCUAUUGUCACAUUUAGGCCAGUGUUUCAUAGCACAUUAUGAUACAAUCAGUGAAUGUAAAGUGAAUUUAAUUAACUGGCAAAAGCUUUGAUAAAUUAUAAGCCAUGAAUCUGACAACAACAUCUCUUCUUGUUUUAAAUUCUGGUCUCGACCCUGUGCCUUUUUGAGAACAAAAAAAGKAGAAGUUGGACUGCUGUCAUGCACCCUAGUGGUCAACAGGAUUUCUCUAGAAAUGCAAAUUUUCAAGUACUGAAAGUAUAAAAGGAGGAAAAAGAAAGUCUGUGCUCCUGUCUUGCCUCACAACAACAAACUAACAUUUUGAGUUCACAAUGCAGUUUUACGGAGCUCUGAUCCUGUUGGUGACUUUUUCUGCAGCAUGUGGUCUGAGGUGUUACUCCUGCACAGCAGCAGAUCCAAAGUCCUGCACAGACACCACAUCCUGUGCUGUGAUAUUCAACCGCUGCUACUCUCUACUAGUAAAAGGUACGGUCACCAAGGGGUGCCAGAACAGUGCAACCUGCAUAAUAAGUUCUAUGGCCUGCUGUGAAGGAGAUUUGUGUAACAGUGGAGUAGCAGCAGGUCCAAGUGUCGUCCUGCUGCUGGUGGCUUCAGCUCUCCUCACAUUUUUUAUCUGAAACUUUCAAAAAGAAAAAAAAAUAUUAUUAGCAGAUUUGAAAUAAAAUGUAAAACAUGUUUGACAAUUA